AUGGCCGCGGAUGAGGUAAAACCGUUACUGCAAGCGAAGCCGAGGACGUACGCCCGUCGCUGGUGGGUUCUCUGUUACGUCAGUUUGGCAAGCAUGUUUGUUACAUGCAGCUGGAAUGCCUGGGGCCCAAUCACUGCAUCUGUUGAAUAUGGCUUCGGUUGGAACGACUCGGUCAUAGCGGAUAUUCUCAAUGUGGGACGACUUGCAAUGUUCGCAAGCAUAGUUCCCCUCAGUUACUUAGUAGAUAAAAAAGGGAUCCGUAUUGCUAUGAUAACGAGCAAUACUCUGCUACUAGUGGGAUAUAUACUGCGCUGCUUAACUAACCUAACGACUUCCACAUGGCCGCCCUUGCUGGGACAAUUGUUUAUCGGUUUCGGCAAUGUCGUCGCUUACAACGGACCAGCUGCAAUGUCAGUGGCGUGGUUUCCACAAAACGAGCGUGCUACAGCCACGUCUAUAGGAGUUAUGAGUACAUACAUCGGUUUGGGGAUCGCUUACGUCAUCAAUCCGCUCACGGUGUCAACACCUAUGUUUGGCAAGGAGUCGACCUCGUACGAAUAUUUUAAUGAAAGCAAUCUCGCCAACUAUACCGAUCAUGAUUUUAAUCUGGCUGCUAAUAUGACCAAUGGUAGUGCAGGUAAUAUUGUUUUGAACAAAGACAUCAUGCAAGAGGAGAUAAUGACCUUGUUUUAUAUAGAGACAGGGAUUACUGCAGCCUUUGUGAUAGUGGGCGUAGCUCUUGUUCCAAACUCCCCGCCUACACCUCCAUCUCAUAGUGCCGUCGCUAUCAGGAUGGGAUACACCCGGGUAUUUCUACAUCUCGUAAGACAGAAGCUGGAUGGCUUGGGUUUUCUUGUCUGA